AUGAUUGGCUCUAGGAUCUUUCGGUCCGCCUGGGAGCGACCUCCCCUGGCUCGAGACGUUCAUUUGAGAAAGCAAUAUUUCUACACUGCAAACGGUUUCCGUCCUCGGCCUAUCACGCCCGCGCUACCAAUCUGCAGGAGGAGUGCCACGAACGAAGCUGGCGAGGACAACACCGGUCACAUUCAGACCAAGCAAAAUCAGGGUAUCUUCUUCUUUGACAAUGUCUUCCCUCUCAAGCUGCAAUGGCUGAACCGAAUUCCAUAUUUGAACCCCGACAAGUUCCUUGCAGAGUCCCUCCAGAAAGUCAAUCACCCAGGUCUGGCUCUCGCAGACCCCUCUAGUAUCAUCAAGCGUGCCCUUCCAGAUCAGAUGCCCCUUCAGGUCCUCGAGGUCCUCCCGAGAUUACGUGAGGGCGGCGCAUUUGUCAAGUUCUCCCACGACAGCGCAAUCACACCUGCAGAACUGGAAAACACACUGAAGGAAUACCUCAGGGAGAAACCUAUUACACCCUGGUUCAAUCCCCUUCGCUCUGUCCGCGUAUUCUUGGUUCGAGGCAAACCCUGGAUUGAAGAUCUAUAUCGCGUACCAUGUUCCAGAAUCAAGGUCGAAUUCAUGCCCACAACUCCCGAGGCUUCUGCUGCCGAAUUGACUCAAGAAACCCUCUAUUCCUUGUUCCGCAGGUACGGGAAGAUCGCCGAGAUCAUUCCUCAGCCUUCCGAUUCGAAGGUAGUCCCCAAAUUCGCCUAUAUAGAUUAUACGAGGAUUCGAUUUGCCACUAUGUCCAAGAAUUGCAUGCAUGGCUAUGUCGUCACUGCCGAGGAUGGAGGUGGUAAAGCCGGCACUCUCCUGAAGCUCAGUUACGAGUCGAAGAGGAAGAAGAAUUGGUUCUGGGAUUGGAUCAGUAGCCAUCCCAGAAUUGUUCUUCCUAUUCUCGUGGCACUCCUCACUGCCACUUCUGUCGCUGUCUUUGACCCUAUCCGAACCUUUUUCAUUCGCAUGCACAUCACUCAUGGCUUGCAUUUAGACGACCAGCCUCUCUACAGAUGGAUCAAAAGUCAGCUCUCUCGAGGAUACGAUAUCAUUCGCUUCCGAAAGCAGAGAGGCAACGAGGAUAAUCUGAGGAUAAUCUGGGAAGACCGUCACGGAGCCAUACAACAACUACAAACUUGGAUGAUUGAGACUGCCGAUACCUUCAUUGUCGUGCAAGGUCCUCGUGGUGCGGGGAAGAAAGAAUUGGUGAUGGACCAGGCAUUGAAGGACCGUCCCAAUAAGCUUGUCAUUGACUGUAAAAAAAUACAGGAAGCCCGUGGAGACAGCAGCACCAUUGCAGCAGCAGCAGAUCAAGUAGGCUACAAGCCUGUCUUUUCGUGGAUGAACAGUAUUAGCAGUAUGCUGGAUUUGGCAGCUAUAGGCACCAUAGGCACCAAGACUGGCUUUUCGGAAACCCUCGAGACACAAUUGGCCAAGAUCUGGAGCAACACCACUGCCGCUCUCAAGAAGAUUGCCUUGGCUCCACGAAAGAAGGACGAAAAAGACACCAACAUGUCUGAUGAUGAAUGGCUCGAAGCACAUCCAGAAGCUCGACCCGUGGUGGUAAUAGACAACUUCUUGCACAAGAGCAAUGAAGGCUCCGCCAACAUGGUCUACGAUAAAUUGGGAGAAUGGGCGGCUACCUUGACCACUCAAAAUAUUGCGCAUGUCAUAUUCUUGACUACAGAUGUUUCUUUCUCGAAAUCACUCAGCAAAGCACUGCCCGACAGAGUCUUCCGCCAGAUCACCUUGAGCGACUGUACGCCUGAAGUGGCCAAGAAGAUGGUGAUACAUCAAAUCGACCGAGAUUCCGAAGAGCGAGAGCAAGGAGAUGAGGUCAAGCAGACACCAUCGCAGUUGAGGAGUGAUCUGGACGAGCUUGAUGGAGUCAUCCAAGUCUUGGGCGGUCGACUCACAGAUUUAGAGUUUCUUGCUCGGAGGAUUAAGGCGGGCGAGUCUCCAGGAAAAGCUGUCCGCCAGAUCAUUGAGCAAUCAGCAUCAGAAAUUCUCAAGAUGUACCUCCUCGAUGUUGAUGUGGCUAGUCGCAAAUGGUCCCCCCAACAAGCCUGGUACCUUGUCAAGGAGUUGGCUGCUAAUGAGACUCUCCGCUACAACGAGCUGCUCCUCCAUGACCUUUUCAAAGAUGGAGAGAUAGUCCUGCAAACCCUGGAGCAGGCCGAAUUGGUCACCAUCACCUCUCAAAAUGGCCGUCCGUAUGGUGUGAAGCCUGGCAAACCAGUCUACCAAGCGGCUUUCGAACAUUUAAUUGAAGACCAGGUACUCAAAGCACGGCUUGAUUUGGCGAUACUGACUCAAUUGAUUGGUAUCGAGAAUAAGAAUGUGGAUAAGUAUGAGACAGAGCUCAGGAUAUUGGCCGAAAUGCCCGGGACGCCUAGUGAGCUGAAACCCCGAGUCAAGUGGUGUUUGGAAAAAGCUAUGGCUAGUCAUGCAAAGGUUGAAAAAUACGAAGCACAAGCAGGUCUGCUAAAGAAAGUGUUGACCGACAAGUUUUAA